CACAAGUUUCCGGCGGAUUGCUGCUGCAUGUUCUCCAGUGGCGCUGCCUCGCUGUGCACUGGUUGUCUUUAAUUGUGUGUUUUGUGUUUGUUUUGGCGGAACAAUUUAUCGCCACAUUGUGAGUGAUUUUUCUGCUAAAGAAGAAAAUCGCAACGAGCCGCCAAGAUGCCGCGAAUUAUGAUUAAAGGAGGCGUCUGGCGCAACACUGAGGAUGAGAUCCUCAAGGCAGCGGUGAUGAAAUAUGGGAAAAACCAGUGGUCUCGUAUCGCAUCUCUGUUGCACCGCAAGUCUGCCAAACAGUGCAAAGCCAGAUGGUAUGAGUGGUUGGACCCGAGCAUCAAGAAAACAGAAUGGUCCAGAGAAGAGGAGGAGAAGCUUCUGCAUUUGGCCAAGUUGAUGCCCACUCAAUGGAGAACCAUUGCUCCUAUCAUAGGACGUACUGCUGCCCAGUGUCUGGAGCACUAUGAAUACCUGCUAGACAAGGCUGCCCAAAGAGAAAAUGAAGAGGAGGUGGGAGACGACCCCAGGAAGUUAAAACCAGGAGAGAUCGACCCUAAUCCUGAAACUAAACCUGCCAGACCCGACCCUGUGGAUAUGGACGAAGAUGAGUUGGAGAUGCUGUCGGAGGCCAGGGCUCGACUGGCGAAUACCCAGGGCAAAAAAGCAAAGAGGAAGGCCAGAGAGAAGCAGCUGGAGGAGGCCAGACGGUUGGCUGCUCUGCAGAAACGCAGGGAGUUGAGAGCAGCAGGAAUCGAUGUCCAAAAGAAGAGGAAGAAGAAGAGAGGAGUGGACUACAAUGCUGAAAUUCCCUUUGAAAAGAAACCUGCACAGGGUUUCUACGACACCAGCAUGGAGCAGUAUGACGCCCAGGAGCCAAACUUCAAGCGACUCCGACAGCAGCACCUGGAUGGAGAACUACGCAAUGAGCAGGAAGAGAAGGACAGGAAGAAGGAUAAGCAGAAGAUAAAGAAGAAGAAAGAGAGCGAUCUACCGUCUGCCAUCCUUCAAACCAGCGGAGUGGCCGAGUUCACCAAAAAACGCUCCAAGCUGGUUUUACCUGCACCACAGAUCAGUGAUGCUGAGUUGGAGGAAGUCGUUAAAUUGGGCGUUGCCAGUGAGGUUGCCCGUCAAGCCGCCGAGGAGAGUGAAGGCGGUAACUCGGCUUCGUCCACCCUGCUGUCAGAGUACAGUAUCACCAACGCCAUGACAGCAGGACUACGGACUCCCCGCACCCCUACUGUGCAGGACAGGAUACUACAGGAAGCUCAGAACCUCAUGGCUCUGACCAACAUCGACACUCCCCUGAAGGGCGGCCUCAACACACCACUGCAAGACAGUGACUUCAGCGGAGUGACACCUCAGCGCCAGCAGAUACAAACGCCCAACACGGUUCUCACUACACCGUUCAGAACUCCUGGUCAGGGGUCAGAGGGCAUGACCCCACAGGCCGGAGGGGUGAUGACACCACGUGGGGUCACGACGCCAGGUUCGACCCCUGCUCGUACACCUCUGAGAGACAAACUGAACAUUAACAGCGAGGAGCAACUGACUGACCCUGCGUUCGCUAAACACAUGCAAAAGGAAAGCCUGCAGCAGCUGAGACAAGGCCUGUUGUCACUUCCUGUCCCCAAGAACGACUUUGAGAUUGUUCUUCCAGAAAACGCAGAGAAAGAACUUGAAGAAACGGAGACAGAGACAGGCUACAUAGAGGACUCGUCUGACAUAGAGGCACGCAAGCAGUCUCAGCGCGACGCAGAGAGAGAAAAGGAGCUGAAGCUGCGACACACGUCUGUUCAGAGGAGCCUCCCCAGACCCGUUGAGGUGAACGAGUCCGUCCUGCGUCCCGCCUCCGUGGAGCCGCUCUCUGACCUCCAGUUGGCCGAGGAGCUGAUCAAACAGGAAAUGAUCACCAUGCUGCACCACGACUGUCUGCACCACCCGUCAUCCAACGCAGCCACCCAGCUGCAGCGCGGCAAAACCAGGGGCCCGACCUCAACCUCCAACAACGCUUCACACAUCACUUACCUGGAGACACAUUCCUACAAGCCAGUCAGCACAGAGGAGAUGGAGCAGGCUAAAGUGAUACUGGCAGCAGAAAUGGAGGUAGUGAAGACAGGAAUGGGUCACGGUGAUCUGAGCAUGGAGGCCUACAGCCAGGUGUGGGAGGAAUGUUACGGACAGGUGUUAUACCUCCCUAGUCAGAACAGAUACACCAGAGCUAACCUGGCCUCAAAGAAAGACCGCAUUGAAAGCCUGGAGAAAAAACUAGAGGUGAACCGUGGUCACAUGACCGCAGAGGCCAGAAGAGCAGCUAAACUGGAGAAGAAACUAAAGAUCCUGCUGGGAGGCUUUCAGUCCAGAGCGCUGGGACUCCUGAAGCAGCACAGCGAGCUGUGGGAACAGGUGGAGCAGGCAGCCACAGAGCUCCAGACCUUCAAUCAGCUAAAGAAACAAGAGGAUACUGCCAUUCCCAGGAGACAAGAGGCUCUGCGGGAGGAUGUGGGGAGGCAGAUGGACAGAGAACGUGAACUUCAGCAGAAAUAUGGAGAGUUGCUGAUGGAGAGAGAGGCGAUGAUCAACAGUGCUCAGAAAUACUGAGCAUCACGCGCUAACACACGUUCAUACACAGCACACACACACACACCAUGGAGCUGCAGCUCAGAGACACAAACAAGUUCUCGCUCUUCCGCCCUCUGAGUCAUUGUACUUAACUCUUUUGUCAAUUAUUCAAAUGUCGUGGCAGUUCCCGAUUAGCCCCGCCUCCAUGUUGCUAUGUUGUCACAAUCUGAGUUUUGAGCAUGCUCAGUAAUGCUUUGUGUUUCUGUAUUAGUGACCAAUAAAGUUUCUUUUCAACAAUGACAA